ACAGCAGUCUCGACUUUCUUCAGAUGGAGAAUGUACGUCCGUCUUCGUCGCGAUUUAUUUCGAUAUAAACACGUCACAGAUUUCGGUAAAAGGAGUGCUUAAAUGAAUAAAGUUCUCCGUUUCGUAUGAUGGCAGAGGAGUGUUUUUUGUGUGAUUUUCAAAAUUAAAAAAAGGAAUAAAAAGUGUCAUCUCCAAAAUGAAUGGCAAAAUGCACAGUGAAACCGGCGCUUUCUCGUCUGACGGCAUGCGAGCCGAAAUACUGAACCCUUUCGUUCACAAAUUGGAACUAGACAACACGUUUGAUAAAAUUAAGACUGCUAUCUUCACAGUCAUAUUGCUACCGUUUCGAGUGAUAGUGAUAUGUUACUUAAUAGUAACUGCGUGGUUCCUAGCGUGUAUAGGCCUUUAUGGUCUAAGUGAGGAUGAUCUAAGGAAAAAGCCCAUGACAGGAUGGAGAAGCAAGCUUCGCUUCUCCAUCCUGUCUCUAAUGCGGCUGGUGGUGGUGGCUGCCGGAUUUCACCGGGUCCGCAUGCGUGGGAAGCAGCACAUCCCUUCGGACCCCCGGGAGGCUCCCGUGGUGGUCAUGGCCCCCCACUCGAGCUUCUUCGACGCCAUCGCUAUAGUCUGUCUGGGGGCCCCGAGCGUGGUGGCCAAAGCUGAUACGGCGCGGCUGCCGUUUAUUGGACAGCUGAUCAACUACACGCAGCCGGUAUACGUGUGGCGGGACGACCCAAACUCGCGGCAGAACACCAUCAAGGAGAUCAUAGAACGAGCUACUUCUAAAGAAGACUGGCCACAGGUGCUCAUUUUCCCCGAGGGAACAUGUACCAACCGCUCCUGCCUUAUCACGUUCAAGCCGGGCGGCUUCUACCCCGGGGUGCCGGUGCAGCCCGUCACCAUCCGCUACCCCAAUGCCCGGGACACCGUCACCUGGACCUGGGAGGGGCCUGGCGCGUUAAAGCUGCUCUGGCUGACCCUGACGCAGGUUCACAGCUCGUGCGAGAUCGAGUUCCUGCCGGUGUACUACCCCAGCGAGGAGGAGAAGCGAGACCCCAAGCUCUACGCCAGGAACGUUAGGGAUGUCAUGGCCAAAGCCCUCGGGAUCCCAGUGCUCGACUACACUUACGACGACUGUCGGCUGAUCGCGCGCGCCAAGCAGCUUGGCAUCCCCAACGCGGCUGCUGCGAGGGAGAUCAACGAGAUCAGGGGACAGCUGGGCCUGGAGCGAUCUCAGCUGGAGCUACACUUGGCAGCGCAAGGCGUACAGACGCGCUCACGAUGGGUGUCGGGCGAGGAGUUCGCGCAGCGCCUCGGCGUUCCCAUGGAUCAGCGCUCGCAGAGGCUCUUUGACAUCUUCGUGCAGCUCUUCGACAUCUUCGUGCAGGUAAGGAACAGUCCCUACUAUAACCUGGAGCGAACCCAGUUAGAACUACACUUAGCAGCGCAAGGCGUACAGACGCGCUCGCGAUGGGUGUCGGGCGAGGAGUUCACGCAGCGCCUCGGAGUUCCCAUGGACCAACGCUCGCAGAGGCUCUUUGACAUCUUCGUGCAGGUAAGGAACAGUUCCUACUAUAACCUGGAGCGAUCCCAGUUAGAACUACACCUGGCAGCGCAAGGCGUGCAGACGCACUCGCGAUGGGUGUCGGGCGAGGAGUUCGCACAGCGCCUUGGUGUUCCCAUGGCCCAGCGCUCGCAGAGGCUCUUUGACAUCUUUGUGAAGGUAAGGAACAGUUUCUUCACACAGCUGGAGCUCCACUUAGCAGCGUAA